AGACUCAGCUAAAGGGCGGAGUCGCGAGGAGAAGCCAGUGGCGAGGGGAGGAGGAGGCCUGAAUCUCCCCGCGAAGGCUCCAGUCCGGCUUUUGCCUCCGACUGCGGGCUCCCUCCCCACCCGCCGUCCCUCGCCCCGCCCCGCCCCGCCCCCCACCUUGGGGCAGGUGAGCGGCGGCCAAUGGGCGAGCGCGGGGCAGGUGCCCGCUAACUCGCGCCUCGCAGCGCUGGGCGGCCGGGGCUGGGCAGGGCAGUGCGGGGACACCGGGGGCUGGGGUCGGUCCCAGCGGGACUCCGAAAGGAGGGAGACGAGCUCAACCCUCGGGCCUUACCGGCAGCUCGCAGCCUAGCACGGAGCCCGCGCCUGUGCGGGCGCCUGGAGCUGCCCGCUCCGCCGCAGCAGCCGCCGCGCCUGGCCGUACGCUGUGGCCGGACCCCGCGGUCGCUCGCUCACACACCCCUCGCCGCUCCGCGCCUGGCUCGCCCGCGGGGGCCGAGCGCGAGCGGGCGGGCGGGGGAGGUGAGGGGUGCGGGCGGGUGUGCAUGUGCCUGGCUGGGUGCACACCCCGCAAGGCGGCGGCGCCAGGACGCGGAGCGCUCCCCAGAGCCCGGCUGCCUCGCACAGCUCCCGCGGCUGCGACCAUGUUCCAGCCCGCGGCCAAGCGCGGCUUUACCAUAGAGUCCUUGGUGGCCAAGGACGGCGGCACCGGCGGGGGCACUGGCGGCGGGGGCGCGGGCUCCCAUCUCCUGGCGGCGGCCGCCUCCGAGGAACCGCUCCGGCCCACGGCGCUCAACUACCCUCACCCCAGCGCGGCCGAGGCGGCCUUCGUGAGUGGCUUCCCUGCCGCGGCCGCCGCGGGCGCGGGCCGCUCGCUCUACGGUGGGCCCGAGCUCGUGUUCCCCGAGGCCAUGAACCACCCCGCGCUGACCGUGCAUCCGGCGCACCAGCUGGGCGCCUCCCCGCUGCAGCCCCCGCACUCCUUCUUCAGCGCCCAGCACCGGGACCCUCUCCAUUUCUACCCCUGGGUCCUGCGGAACCGCUUCUUCGGCCACCGCUUCCAGGCCAGUGACGUGCCCCAGGACGGGCUGCUUCUGCACGGCCCCUUCGCACGCAAGCCCAAGCGGAUCCGCACGGCCUUCUCGCCCUCGCAGCUGCUGCGGCUGGAGCGCGCCUUCGAGAAGAACCACUACGUGGUGGGCGCCGAGCGGAAGCAGCUGGCCGGCAGUCUCAGCCUCUCCGAGACGCAGGUCCGACGUGUUGGAGUGGGGCUCAGCGACCCUCAGCCUAGCUGCUGCCCUGGAGGUGGAUUUCAGUCUCUGCGUGCCGGCCGGCUCCCAGAGUUGCGAGAGGCCGGCUCCGCGGUCUCCCAGCUACCUCCCGGCUGACUUUUCACCUUCCGCUCCCCUUUCCUCCUAGUCUCGACCCUACUACACCACCGUCCCCUCCCAAGUCCCGGGCAGUGAGAAGAUGCCUGGCAUGGGGGGCAGCCGGAGCCUCCCUUUAGCAGCCAGAGUAGGAAGGGGGCUUAGUGAGGGAGCCCAGACCCAUACUUCAUCCGCAGCUUUCUUCGGCGGACCUUACCCUCUCCUCCUUCAGUGGCAUUUUGGCAUCUAUUGUCGUCAUAUCUGUCUGCUGCCCCACUUAAUCUACAAAUCGCUCAUGGGUCGGAGGCAGGACCCGUGCGUUUUCAGAUGUACUAGCUGGGCUGUUCUAACUGCAGGGAAAAAGCUUACAAAACAAGAGUUAAUUUUAAAAACGUUUCAAAGAAAGAUGUGUUUUUAAAAAUAAGUUAAUAAAAUAACACUCCCUUUUCCCUCCUGCCAGUGUUUUAAAAUUAUUGUUUGAAACAAGGUGUCAGUUUAAGAAUGGUGUUUAUAAUUAACUUCAUUUAAAAAGUAAUAUUUAUUAAAUUUUAAUUGCAGAAGUGUAAGAAAACAAAAAUGGUUUUUAAUCCUACCACCCACAGAUUAACACUUGUUGAAAUAAUGUCAUUGUUUUUAAACUUUCAAUUUUUUAGCUCAGUGAGAGCAUUUUUAAUUAACUCUCUUUCAAACUGAACCUAGCUGCCUGUCAAUAUUUGCUCCUAACAAUGCCAGUUAGUAAACGGACUGAUUGUUUCUUUCAUUUUUAUUAUGAGACAUUUCAAACAUAUAUUUAAAACAAAACCAGAUAGAAUAACAUAAACGUAUCCAGCUUCAUUAACUAUCAAAACUCAGGGCUAAUCUUCUUCCCGUCUGUAAAUGAGCUGCUUUUUGCAUAUGGUACAACAAAAAGAAUGAGGGGAGGUUUGAGCCUGAGGAACCUGCCGUGGCAGCCUGUCCUUCCAGGUGAAGACCCUGAGAUGGAGAGAUGGUUUGGACAGAGCUUCCCAGGUGGGCAAACAUGAUUUUAAAUACCUGCCUCCCUGCUAACUUACUGUGUAACCCUGGGCAAGUCACUUAACCUCUCUGAGCUCUGGUUUCCUCAUUGAGAAAAUAGUUGUUUAAUGAUUAAAGGUACCUCAUAUGAGCUCAAAUAAUAUUAAUCCCCAUCCCUAGUCCCUUCCCUUUAAGGUAGUAUGUCAGAUUAGUAGCAUAAGAAGAUCCAAACCUGUGUGUCCUCUUAGUCCAGCGUUCUUCCUCCCUUGUGCAGUUUCCAUCAUCAACAUUGCCUUUCUGUUGCCCUCAUAACUUAUCAUACGGAGCCAGGCUAUAUAAUUAGCUACUUCUCUAUCCGCCUCUUGGUACUUACCAGGCAAGCUUACCUGUCAUUUCCAGCUAUCAGCUAUUUGUCAAGCAUCAGUCACCCCCAUCAGACCCCCUGUCAUGCAUUUCUACUGUUAAUAUCUGUAUCUGUCUCCAGAGCUCUCUAAUCUGUCCCGCCCCAUAGCUGUUUUACAUCUAGCCAUAUACUUCUGUCUGCUCUCAUUAAACUGCCUCCCCAAAACUGGUUAAUUUAUAUUUCCGAUUUUCUAUUAGUUAUAUGUUCUUCCUAACAAUAAGAACUAUUUACCCAUUUGUUCAUUAUCUUUGUCAUCUAUUUUACCUUCUGUGUUUCCACCAUUCAUCUCAAACUUCAUCUCCAUAGAGCUAUUUCGCAACUGACAAACAGUAUAUUCAUAUGUCUGGUAAUGGUUAUCUAUUAUUGGCUCUGGCUUUGUCUUCUCUCUGGGUCUGGGCCUCAGUUUCUGUAUCUGUGAGAUUGAAUGACACAAAUUCCAGGGUUUUUUCUAGUCCUGAGUUUCUGUGACUCCUCUACAUUCUGCUUCUCUGUGUUUCUGUAUACUACCUCCUCCACAUUCUCAGAGCUCACCGCACAACCCCUGCCUAUCAUGAUAUGCAUCAAACUUUGUUGUUAUUACUUAAUUAUCUGCCAUGUCCAAACAUCAAUCUGUAGACCAGCAGUAUGCAUCUCUCAGGGAGAUCUUAAAAUACAGAUUCCUGGGUUUCACUCAGGAGAUUCUCUUAGGAAGUCCAGGAUAGGGUGCAGGAAAAAGUUUAAAAACAGUUAUUUGGGUGAUCGUGAUGAAUAACAGGCCUGAGCAUCUUAGCUCUGGGAGGCAGAGGCCAAGCCUGUCUAUUUCUUACAGAACCCAGCUCAGUGCCCGGGAUGGAGUACAUGCUCAAUAAACAUGUAUUGAAUUAAUGAGCACAUUUCUCUUUGCCCAUACAAAUACACACUAACUUUAUCAGUCAUUCCCCUUGCUCUCUGCUGUCACUGCUCCCUCCCUGUCCCUCUCCUUCUAUCUUUCCCUUGUACUUUCACAGCUGAUUAUUGAUUUAGAUUAUGCAUAUACCAGUUUGUGGAUAAAACUUCUCGGAGGGUUACUCAGAUCAGUGUGUGAAUGAGCUCUUAAUCCAGAUCUCAGAAGUCUGUGCACUCCCCAAGCUUUAGCUGGGUGCUAGGAGGUGGGCAACCUGGGUGACUCUGUGUGUUUAGUGGGAAUGGGGUAUUCAUGCUGGGAUGGCCAGUGCCUCAAUCUAGGAGAUGAGGGAAGAGCCCUGGGCAAAGGCUAGUUCUCCCUUCAGGUUCUAAUGACUUGUUCCUCACUGCUUCGGUGCCGCCCUGGAGUAUGACCAGGAAGGUACCAGUCUAAGCUUCAGUCCUGGUGGCUGGUUGGGCAGACCUGGGCCUGGGUCAUUGCAGAGGCUCAAGUUUAAUGAGUGUGUGUAAUGGGUGUGUGCAACAUGUGUCUGCCCAUGUGGGGCACCAACGGGCUUUAUGUGAUUGAUGCCCAAAGGUCAGAUGAUAGCAUAGGUACACAUUAGAUGCCAUUAGGCAGUCACAUGACAUGGAGUGCAGCUUGCAUGCUUUUAUGUGUGUUCGUGUGUGUGUCGGGGGUAGGGGUAAGUUAGUUUUAGGGGGAGUGAGAGAAAGCACCUGGUUGCUCCAGGCUGAUCAACUGGUCAGUGUUUCCAGCUACUUCUUCUGCUCUGAACAGAUCAGCAGGUGUUUCUUGACCUUGCCUGGGUUAGAGUUUAGCUGAGCGGUGAAGGCAAAGGGUACAGAAACGUGGCCUGUGGCUUUGAAGAUUUCUUACUGAGUGAUGAAGGCUAAGUGCAAAGCUUGCACAUUUGUGAAACAUGCACAGGAAGAAUGACUAGGGUCCCCUUUGAGGUCACAGCUGUGGGCUGAGGGGUGUCAGGAUAGAAACGCUUGAGAAGAUGGCUCCAGGAGGCCUCAGACCUGGAAGGCUUGUGGGGAUGCCUAGGAUCCUAGGUUGGAGGGAAAGAAGGGCAGGGUUUGAGGCAGGCAGAUGAAGACAGAGCAGGAGCUGUCAAGACAAGCCACCAUCUUGGAGCCCAAGGGCAGGGAGAUCUUGGGAGGCAGGAGUUACAGUCACCUGCCUAUGGCUUUUUCCCCUCAGAGGCAUGGAAAGGAGGAUUUGGAGGGUCCUUUCCUGCUCUGGAAUGUUCUGGCCUUAGAGGGAUGGAUAAGAGGGGGAUAUCCAAGUGACCUGAAUUUUAGGGAAAAAUCAAGAGACAUUUGUUCCUAGCUCACGGUGUGUCCACAUCUCUUCUCUAAGUCUUGGCUUUUCUUCAAGAACUUCUGCAUCUCAUGUUCCAGGAGUCCUGUGUGGGAGGAUGAGGGGGAGAUAAAGGAGAUUAGAGUGGUUCUGUGAGGAGUUGGCACCAACAUGUCCUGAGGUGAAUCUUAUGAUGUCUCCCUGAGAGAGAUAGAGGAAGGGUCCAGGCUGGGCUGAAAGAGGAGGAGACAGGGAGGCUUAGGGAGAUCAUGGUUAUGGUUGGUGGGGAGCUGGAGGUGACCUCAGCUUACUCAGGUGAAGGUUGAACUUAGCAUGGCAUUGGGCUUGACCUUGAGAGUGGGAACAGCCCACAUGAUCAAAUGAUAGGAAAUGGGUCCCCAGGGAAGAGAGAAAGCUGAGGGGUGACUUGACUGAUAUCUCCAGGCUCCUGUCCAUUCUGGGAUAUUUGAAAUCUUUGAAGACAGGACACAUAUUCACCUGAAAGUGUGCAGGGGCCUGGAGCCACAGACUUUUCCAUUUGCAGGAGUGGUGAAAAAGAAGGGAUCCAGACCUCGUUCAUUCAAAAUAGCAGAUUAUUCCAAAGUAAAGUCUGAUUAGUUCUGAAAUAUCGGCUGGAGCUGUAGUUUGCUUGUUUGUUAGUUCAUUUUUCCCUUUGUUCUUGCAUGCAUGUCUUCAUUCAUUAAUGCAUACAUUGAUCAAUCCUCUAGCAAAUUGAUACAUUCAUUCAUUCAUAGCAGUUUCACCUUCUUCAUUCUGCCUGACUCAAGCCAACCCUUCUUCUGCCCAGCAGUAGGUGUCCCUCCUCCAACUUCCCCUAAAAGUGGCCAAUCCAAUUUACCAUGUGGAAUAUUAAAAACUGGCCCUCUUGCAAAAGUGUCCACAAAACUAAGAAAAAGAUCCAAUUUCUCCAUCAUUGAGCACUUCUCAAAGCCUUUGCUGAUUAGAAUUCUACCCCUCUUCUAUUCAUUUUCUCCUGUUUUCCAGGUGUGGCCCAGGGACCUCUUGCCUAGAGCAUAGGCUUGUCCAGCCAGAUGACUAUACAUGGAACAUGUCCUCUGGGCAGGGCACUGGGACUAACAUAACAGUUUGGCUCUCCAGUCUCAUAGUCUGGUGAGGAGGCAGAUGUAAAUAAAUAAAUUAGUGCACAGUGGGGGUCACUGUUACUGAGACUGGGACGAGGUACUAAGGAACUACAGGCAGGUGAUGGGGCAGGACCAUUAAGGAACAUCAGGACAGGGUCUUGAAGGCUAAGGAGAGUAUUCCAGGGUUGGUAAGUCAGGAGAAUGGAGACUUUUGGAAGGAUGUGGCCUCUGAGAAACUGAGAUGUUCACUUCACAGUGAAAUGAGGACUUGGGAGACCACAAGGGACCUCUUGCUACAGCAGAGAGGUCAGAGUGGGCAAGGGGUCCUCCAGCUAACAUUCCAACUGUACCUCGGGGCUUAGAGAGAGGUGAGUAGUGUAUUUAUGUUGGGGAUGGGGAGGCAUGUGCAGGACAGAUCCAGCCUCCAAGCCAUACCAUAUAACCCAGCUCCUUUCCAGGGCCUGUUUUCUCUAGGGAAGGGGCUCUGAAGGAUCCAGAGUUGCCUGGCUGGGUUGGAGAGGUCAUGAAAUGUCACUCUCAUCUCCUAAUACACUCAGAGCCCAGUUCCUUUUCUUUUUCCAAGUAAAAAAUAACUACCAUUAUCAAUAAUCUAUUAAGGAAAAUUCAGAAAAGUAGAAAGAAGAAAGAAACAUCACCCACACUUUGGGUAUAUUUCCUUCUAGUCUUUUUUCCCCGUGUGUAGAUUUUGUUUUCCUAUGGUUGUGAUCACACUGUGCCAGCCUUGUGCAUCCUGGCGUUUCCAUUAAUGCUAUGAAGUUGUAAGCACUACCCUGUUAUUGCAGUCUUUGUAAACAGCAUCUGGACACUCAGCCCAAGGCUGUUCUCCGGAAGAUGGCCAGGCUGCACAGGGAGAGGGUUUAUGUCCCUGCCUCUAGAGAGAUGCCUACUUGACCCCAGUAUUUUUCAUGGAGAAAAUAUUCAGAAUCACCUUUCACUUGGGUGCCCUAGGAAGCUGCCUCUGGCCUAUCCUGUGCCUGAAGUCGCCAUCCAAAGCUUUCCUUCUUUGAGCCAGUGUUGCUAGUCAAGGGCAGCAUGCUGGGCCCGUCCCACUACAGGCCAAUGUGACCGUCAGUCUCCUUCCUGAAGGACACUUGGAAAUGCGUGUGGAAAGAGGAAGGUACAGAAAAGGGCCCCCGGUCCCUGGUACUGCCCGCAUCACCUGACAGUCACCUUCGGCCA